AUGGAGUUCCUGCAGGACAGCAUCCCCAUGGUGUCCGUGGCGGCGGCGGCCGCCGCGCUGUACGCGCGCGCGUCUUCGUCCGUCCUGCGCCCGGGCUUCCCGCGUCUCGUCGCGCUGCUCCCGCUCUUCCCAUUCCUCGUCGCCGCCCCCUUGGCCUUCACUUCCUCCACCAUCAUCCGGGCCACCAUCGCCUUCUUCCUCGCCUGGCUCUGCGCCUUCAAGCUCGCCCUACUCGCCGCCGGCCGUGGGCCGCUCGACCCCGCCCUCCCCGUGCUCACGUUUCUCUUCACCGCCUUGCUCCCCGUCAAGCUCCGACAGCGGCGCGGCGGUGCUGGAGCGGGAGCAGCGGCGUCGACCAAAGCCAGCAAACCGGAUCUGUCACUGGUUUCUUGCGCGGUCAAGGCCGCGGUCAUAGCCGUCAUCCUCCGCCUCUACCAGUUCAACAACCAGCUGCAUCUCUACGUGCGUCUCGCCGUGUACGGUGUCCACAUAUACUGCUUCCUGGACCUCUUCUUCCCCUGCAUCGCGCUCGCCGUCGGCGCGCUCGGCAUGGAGACGGAGCCGCAGUUCGACCGGCCGUACCUGGCGUCGUCGCUGCGCGACUUCUGGGGACGGAUAGUUACAACCAAGAGUUUUGCUGAAACAGCCCCCACCAUAGUUCAACCCUUUGAGCCACCUUAUCCGGGCAGGAAGUCCUAA